GCCAAAAUUGAAAACAUCUGUGGAGCUGUGGAGGGCAGCUUGAGCAAGAUCUACACAAUACUCCUUACUUUGGGAGUUAAUUCUAUGUUGGACUGAGCCUUGUACUGCUGGAAUAAUGGAAAGUGUAGAUGUGCUGACGACCAGGUAUAUGACGUUUGACAAAAUGUACAGCCAUGAUCUGCGGGAGCAGAGUUUUAGAGACUGGCCGUUUAGAGAGGAAUGCAACUGCACACCUGAAAAGAUGGCUAAAGCUGGUUUUGUCCACUGCCCCAGUGACAAUGAACCAGACGUCGCCUGCUGUUUCUUCUGUCUGAUCGAACUCGAGGGCUGGGAACCUGAUGAUGAUCCAUGGUUUGAGCACACCAAACGCUCACCCGCUUGUGGAUUCCUAUCCAUGAAGAAAGCAGACUUCACUGAGCUGACCGUGUCUGAAUACUGUCAAAUGGAAGGUGAAAGGCUGAAGCUCUACAUUAGGAAGAUUUCUCAUAAGAUGAUGGCGUACUUGCGUGACGACAUGGAUAAAGUGCUUGAUCGCCUAAAAUCUCAGCUGGAGACAUUAUAAUAGGUUUUAGUCAUAAAUAUAAAGUAUAAAUGCUGAAAAAAAAGUGUUCUUAUGAAAAUGCAUUUCAACUAAUAAAGUUUCCAUUUGCAGUACUGUCUCUGACCACAUGGUGGGGGCUUUGAGCUUUAAGUAUGAAAUCAGUGUCUAACAGUGCUUCACAGAAUUCUCCAUAGGAAACCUCACAAGUGUCAUCUGAUAUGAAAGCCUACAUUGAGGAGGAGUACAAUGUGGGCUAUAUUCCCCCGUUUCCCUCAAAUACUUACCAUUUUCCUGAACACACCACCAUCUCUACCACAUCCUUUCAAACCUUGACCCUGGACAGAUGGCCUGAAGCCCCUCCUUUCCAAUACCAACUGUUGCCCCAGUAACAUCUGUUACAUAUUGGGGGACAGUGCACACUAAGAGGCCUUGCCAGGACACUUAUCUUGCCCUGUGAGGGAGACCCGGGUGGGAGAAGUACUGGAGAAUGUUUCCGUUGCCAAGGGAAAUUGCAGGAAAGCUGUUUGUGCAACAAAUCCUGGACUGCACUUGCACAAAGUACCACCUUUCGCUCUGGAGUUUGCAAAUGAAUGUAAUGGAUGGAGGUUCUGGAUUAAAUUUGUCUUUCCUUCUCCAA